AUGAUGAUGUACAGCCCCGGAUUGAGAAAGCGAGAAAGGGCGGGGGAAGACUCGGAGUCACAGCAACACGGACUUCCGCACCACACCGAGCAGGGACACGAUAUGCCUGGGCGUCCGCGCGCCUGGAGACUGCCCGCCGAGCACACGCAGACGAGACCUGAUGACGUAUGGGCGCCUAGGAGGAUUGCCAGGCGGUUCGGCGUUCGUCAACCCCUGGCACGAAGCAUCCUGAUGGAACCGGCGGGAACGACGAUUCCUCCAUUACCCAGUUACGAUGGGGUGGCCGACCUAGAGAAUCAUCUGAUGUAA